GACAAUGACCAGCCAUAAUCCACAACUUACCAUCACAAACGAGAGGCAACAAAGAGGGUCUCAAAAUCUCAAUAGAUGAACCUACUGCUCGAUACGCCACACGAUUUCAUACACAACAAUUUCCCAUUGGUCAGAAAUUUAGUCAUCAUUUCUGGCUGAAAACUCUGCUUAUUUUGCCAUGUUUCAGAGAAGAAAGAAACUACUGAUGCCAUUAAUUUAUGGGUUUUGAGUAACCCAUUUGCCAUUUGGAUUUGGGAGCAAGCAACUUCAGAUUCUUAAAUCUUUUUAUGGGUCUUGUUAUUAUAGCAUAAUUUCUGAAAUUCAGGGCAUUUAAGAGUUGUGUUAAUUUUUUUCCAGGAAUUUUAUAAGUCAAAGGGUGAAUAAUGUUGCCUGUUUGCUCAGCUUCCCGCUGUUCUUCUCACUCACAGAUUUUGUUGAAUGACGGAUUGCGAUACCUUACUCCUCGAUCACAAAAGACGUUUGGUGUUCGAUGCGUUUCAGGAGAAAUAACACUUUCUAACUUGUCAUCAGGUGGAGUUUGUCGAGGGGCAUGCCUUGAGAAAGAAGCUGCAAAUUCACUCAGUUAUGAUUUUCUUGGAGGGCAUAAGACAUUAUUAAAUAAAUGGCACUACACUACUGGAGAGCUGAGUAAUUCAUUACUCAAAGGCCGACAACAUUUAACUUAUGUAGAGGAUUCUGCUGCUAUUGUGUCACAAGAAGAUCAGCUAGGAGACAACUUGGUUAAUAAUGCUGAUAGCUUGCUGGAUACUCCUAGUAGAGGGUCAGUCUCUAUUUUGGAUCGUGUUGCAGACAGUGCUAGUGAUGUGACCGACACUCUUGGCACCAGUGCUGCGCCUGCACCAGUGCCAUCUUCUGGCAGUAGUUUUGAGGAUCUUGUCUCCCAAACAAAUGAAUCACUUAGAGCUUCAUUUGGUGAUGGCGGAAAUGCCUUUAAUAGCUCCGUGGAUAAGAUUACUUCGACGACAACGGACAUUAUAAAAGAUGCUAAUGAAGCAAUUGAAAAUCUAACCACUAAAGUGUUCUCAUCUUUUGAUCAAGCUGGUGAACUUACUCGUUCCAAAUUGAGUGACCUUCCAGGUGCCGUAACGCAGUCCAGCGGUAAAGCUGGUAUUGUAGCUCUUGAUUUACUAAGAAAGACUGUUCUUGUGGUGGAAGAUAUUUUACUUAAGGGGAGUAAAUUUAUCUAUUACUCAUAUGAGACUUCUAAAGAGUAUCUGCCACCAGAGAUCCAGAAUGCACUCAAAUUAUUUGAGGAGAAAGCUGGUGAAAUUUUGAGGCCAGUGGGGAUGGUUUUCUUACAGGUUUACUCUGCCAUUGAAGGAGUGGAGAGAAGUUUAGGCUUAGACCCCUUAGAUCCUAUUGUUCCAUUCGUUCUUUUAUUCGGCACUUCUUCUACGUUGUGGGCUGUAUAUUGGCUGGUCAACUACAGCGGCUAUGCUGGAGACUUGUCUCCUGAAUUGGCUUUUGAGCUCUUAUCAGGGAAAGAAAGUGCUGUGCUUGUAGACACCAGGCCUGAGGAUCUGAGGCAACGAGAUGGGAUCCCCGAUCUUAGACGAGCUGCUCGAUUUCGAUAUGCAGAUGUAUCCUUGCCCAAGGUUGAUGGUUCUUUAAGGAAAUUGAUGAAGAACAGCAGGGACCUUGAUGACUCUUUAAUUGCCGCAGUGAUUAGAGAUUUAAAGAAUGUACAAGACAGAUCCAAGAUCAUAGUUAUGGAUGCUGAUGGAAGUCAUGCAAAAGGCAUUGCAAGAUCGUUGAGGAAGCUUGGGGUUAAGAGACCAUAUGUCCUCCAGGGUGGUUUCAAGUCCUGGGUCAAACAUGGCCUUCGUGCAAAGGAGCUGAAACCAGAGACAGCAAUUUCUAUACUCAAUGAGGAAGCUGAGGCGAUCCUUGAAGAGUUGAGUCCCACUCCUGUGCAAGUCUUGGGCGUUGCUGUGGGUUCUGUUGCUGCAGUAUACGCGUUAUUAGACUGGGAGAGAACUCUACAAUUCAUUGGGAUUAUUGGCCUUGGUCAGACCAUAUAUCGGCGAGUGGCUUCUUAUGAGGAUUCUCGAGAUUUCAAUAACGAUGUCAGUUUGUUGCUUUCUCCGGUAAAACUUGGAGCACAGGCUGUCUCAUGGGCUGCGGGAAAAGUAGAAACCAACGGCAAUGGACUUCCUAUCUCACCAUCAUCAUCAGAUGUCCAAAGCCGAGUGUUGCAAGCUGCAGCAAAGCACGAAUCCCAGCCAUUCGAUGCUGAAGAAUCACAGACUCCAAUCGAUGAGAACGUGGGUCGAUCAGAGGCGUAAAUGGCAACUUCCGUUGCACGAUCGUAUCCUGUACAAACAAGGCUUGGAUUAUUAUGCGUGAUCUUUGGCGUUUUUGUUGAUGGUACUCGAGUUUCUGACUGGAGCUCUUCCAUAUUAUUUUGUGUGGAUGAUAUAUUUGCGAGUUUAUUCACUUGGCCCGCUAGUCUAGUCACUCACUCCUGUAGAUAUUCCUUGGUGAUGAGAAUCAAGAUGGCUUCUUUUGCUUUGUUUGAUGGUAUGACUUUGAGACAUAUAAGCUUACUACAGUUUGCAA